UCUCCUCGCGUCCUUCUCACCCGCUCUCUCCAUCUCUCUUAAUCUCUCCCCGUUCUUCCCACUCUUGCUUUCGCUCAUGCAUUAUCAUCUAGCAUUUUUUUCCCAUCCCCAAUGUCCCCACGCGAAAGAGAGACAUUCCACAGAAGAUUGUUCGCCACCGAAUGAUAAACAGGAUUCUCCGAUCUUCUCUCUCCAUCUCUCUUUCAAUACACUGUGCCUAUGCCGUUCCCAUUCAAACGUGCCAGUACUGUCUACUCAAUUGUUGCUAUGUCACGUCGCUGUGCUGAUGAUCGCUGCCUUCCUUUUUUUAAUUCAAACAUUUGCAUUUCAUCAUUGAGAAACUUCUCGCCCACUGAAUGAUUGCUUUGCUACGGAUUCUCAUUGGAAUAUAUUCUCAUCACACCCUCUACAUAUUGGUCUUAUCUCGAUGAUUAUUUAGACGAUUGGGCGCAUCUUUCCCUUGGAGGAGAUUGCCAUUCCCGUUUGCUUAUCAGUAGCGAUCGUGCUGAUCGCAUUUAUUACUCUUUAUUGCUCGAAAAAGAAGAAAACCCUGUCGGAGCCUCAAGACUUGUAUACCGUCCAGCGCAAGGUGUUCAAUCAUCACAGCUACGAGAUUGACUCGGACUCGGACAACGAUAGUAUGUUCCAAAGCCGUGAUGGAUCUCCUACAGGUAGUCGAUCCAGCUCGGGAAGACCCAGUCCAACUCGGCCGACCCCUCUACCGCGUCAGUCAACUGUCCCGCUACUGCCGCAGAAGCUCCGUCAGGAAGCAUUCCGAAAGCAACGUCAGCUCUCCUUACAGCUUAACCUGACGAACGUCGAGUUCAGCGUCAAGAACAUCAACUCCACGCGCAAAGACCAAACAGAUCUGAUAGGUACAUUACGUCCAGAGCUCUACCGCCAAGAAUCCAAAGACAAGGGCAAGCUCAACGGUGAGAGCCGACCCAACUGUGGCAGAUUGGUUUUCAGCCUUUUCUACGACUACGCGACGGAAACGCUUAACGUUCACAUAGAGCGAGCAGUUGGCCUUCCGGCCAAGGACUUCUCAGGAACGUCAGAUCCCUACGUGAAGAUUUAUCUGUGCCCUGACCGGAAGCGGAAGUACCAGACCAAAGUUCAUCGGAAAAAUUGUGACCCUGUUUUCGAUGAGAGAUUUGCCUUUCAAAUACCUUACAACGAGCUGGAGAGCAAAACUCUGAAAUUCACCGUCUACGAUUUCGACAGGUUCUCCAGGCACGACCUUAUAGGAGAAGUGAACAUCACCAGUCUUCUCACCGAUAGGGAUCUGAGUAAAGAAACACAAUACGUCGAAGACAUAAUGAAAGGAACAUCGCAAGAGAAAGCGGAUUUAGGGGAGGUGAUGUUCUCACUCAACUAUCUGCCUACAGCAUGCCGGUUAACACUUACAGUCAUCAAAGCCCGUAACUUAAAGGCAAUGGACAUCACAGGUGCCUCAGAUCCCUACGUUAAAGUGUCUCUAAUGUCGCAAGGGAAGCGGAUCAAGAAAAAGAAAACGACUGUGAAGAAGAACACUCUCAACCCCGUGUACAACGAGGCAAUGGUCUUCGAUGUCGCCCCGGACAGCAUGGAAAACAUAUGCCUCAUCAUCGCCGUAGUCGAUUACGACUGGGUUGGACACAGCGAACUGAUCGGUGUCUGUGAAGUAGGGCCCAACGCUCCGGUCCAGGGUGCAGCCCACUGGGCGGACAUGCUGACGAACCCACGGAAGCCCAUCGCGCAAUGGUACCAACUCCAAGAAUCAACGCCCGCCCUCUCCGUCGCGUCCUUGUCAGCAGGGCUCAAGAACUGCAUGGGGUCUUCAACGCAGAAGUCCUUUGAUCGGGACUGAACAUGUAGCAGUGCAUCUGUCCAGUAAUGCCCCAAUGAGUUUUGGGGAGUUCCUAGAGUCCUUCCACUAGUCAAGUACACAUGAACCAGCCUGAAGCGUAGAGAUGAAGUGAACCAUGUUACUCCAGUGUUAUAUUAUAGGAUAUAACACAACUAGAAGAUCACGCGUGUGGACAUUCAUUUCGUCAACUUAACUAGCAGCUGGCACGAGGGCGCCCUUCAUCUUGGCGACACAGUCAUGUUUGCGUUAUGCUCCAUUCGGACUUGCUGACAUAGCGACAAAUCGUUACAGGAAUCUGAUAACUAGCAUUAGAUUGAUUACGGUGUGCUCAACCAGAACCACAACAAGAUGUUUAUCGCUUGCAAAAUCGACGGUUUUGAACUAACUUUCUACUGAGAUUUUCACAAACUCAUUAUUAAAUCAGAUUUUUUUUCGUAUUAGCAAAAGACACUGUCAAAUGAUCUUGUUCAUAGAUUUCGUAGUCUUACCAAUACACAAGUUAUGUUUUUUUUUAUUUUGCAAAACAAAAAUGUGAACGUUUGCAAGUCACGUUUCGAGUUAAGUUAUGUAGAUGAAGUAUGAUAUUUCAAGUGUAUUAGAAAUGUAUCAUGCAGCCUUGGAAAUGAUAUUCAAAGUUGAACUAUGAACCUAAAUCCUUUCUGCAAGACGAAAUGUAAUGGACAUCUUUAAUUGUUUCAAUGCAGAAACAAAAGUAGUAUUUUAUAGUGAUUGCAACUGACAGAACCAAGAAAAUAUUGUUCUUUUCUCGUAUAAUAGUUACUUGAUUUUUACUCAUUUGACCUGAUUAAGACAUGUUAAUUGUUUCUUGAAGCAUAACUAUUAGUUGUUGAGAUUUUGUGUAGCAUAUUCAACGAGCAUUAUUACUCCUGUGGUUACAUUGUAUGGAAUAAGUGGUCUUUUUAAUAAGUUAGAAAUAGAUCGUAUUGAAAUAAUUUGUGAUACUUUUUUUACAUAGUAAUACAACUGUAAAAGGUUACGUUAGAAAUCCUAAGUCAUGUUUAUGUAAAUAGUUUUUCGAUAAAAAGGAGGUAGAGAGCGAACUUGAAGAUAAGGUUUAUUUUCGGUCUCUCUUUUAAUAUUCUAUUGUCUAUGUAUUGAAGUCAAAUGCACAAUUUAUUUGUUUAAGGUAUAUAACUUCAAAUGAACUUCAGUAGUCAAAUCUUGAGCCAUAAUGUAGUAGUAAGAUUUUAUACUUAAUUAAAUCAUUAAUGUUAUUAAAGGAAUUUGUAUUGGACUUUUUUUACGGAUGGAUAGUGAAAACGUGUUUUUGUAUGACUGUCAGAGGCAAUGACUUUUUUUAAUGCUUGCACGUCCCUUAAUGAUUGUGCACUGUAAAUAUGAAAAUAUCUAUUAACUUUUUAUUGAUAUUUGAUGGUGCUUGGGUGUUAUUUUGUGUAAAUUCUGUGAAAAUAUGUUGAAGUAAAUUUUGCAUUUUGAAAUUUUGCUGCUCAACAAAUGAAAGUUGUUUGUUGUAUUGAUAUAUAUUAUCAUGUCUCCCAUGGAAGUUAGAAUCCUGUUAGAAUUUAUGAUAUCAUUAGAUCAAAGAAUAUUCUUUCUAUCAUCAUUUUAUAAACUCGUUCAGGGUCGAGGUAUCAUUAUCAUAGCGGGAAUCCUUUACUGAAGCCCAUACUUAAUACGAUAUAAAUUUCCUUUUUUUAAAAUGUCUUUUCCGAUAAAUAACAUUAUAUAUCAAGUAAUUCAGAUUGUUAUCAAAGAAAAAAAUGAAACUGUUUCGUAUCUAAUCACCGUAUGUAGCUGUCGUAAUAAUUACGGCGUCACAUAUUUCAAUACAAAUACCAGGAUAUGAAAGUAAAACUAUUUGCAGGAAGAAAACAAAGGCUUGAGAAUGUUGGUCUUUAAAAAAGAAAUAUUAUAAGUUCGGGUUUAAAUAAAUGUUUCAGAUAAAUGGGUAGCCUUAAUGAUCAUACUGUUAUUAAAAUUGAAUACUAUUUAUUUCGUCAUUCCAACGAGUUUGCAGUUAAAAUGUCAUCAUAUCCUGGGGUCAUUAAAUAUCACUGCCAUCCAAGACUGAGUAUUACAAUUAUAACCAAAUAAAUAAUGCAUAUUUGUGAAAAAUUGUCCCUUAUGU